AUGUGGAAAAGGGGCGUCAAUGAUAGCGAAGAAGAAGAUGAAGAAAAGGAAGAAGAAGAAAAGGAAGAAGAUGAAGAUGAAGAAGAAGAUGAAGAUGAAGAAGAAGAUGAAGAAGAAGAAGAGGACGAAGAAGAAGAGGACGAAGAAGAAAAGGAAGAAGAAGAAAAGGAAGAAGAAGAAAAGGAAGAAGAUGAAGAUGAAGAAGAAGAGGACGAAGAGGGCGAAGAAGAAAACGAAGAACAAAAUGAAGAUGAAGAAGAUGAAGAAGAAGAAGAAGAAAAGGAAGAAGAUGAAGAUGAAGAUGAAGAAGAAGAAGAAAAGGAAGAAGAUGAAGAUGAAGAAGAAGAAGAAGAAGAUGAAGAAGAAGAAGAAAAGGAAGAAGAAGAAGAAGAAGAAGAAGAAGAAGAAGAAGAAGAAGAAGAAGAAGAAGAAGAAGAUGAAGAAGAAGAUGAAGAAGAAGAAGAAGAAGAUGAAGAAGAAGAAGAAGAAGAAGAAGAAGAGGACGAAGAAGAAAAGGAAGAAGAAAAAGAAGCU